CCGAUACCCUGAGUCAGUUACCGCCUUUUAAACCUCGCCUCUGACCCAGAAAUAGAACCGAAGCCGACCCUCUUAGAAAGCGACGCUCGUCCAAGAAGUCGGCCUUGUGAGAGCAAGGAGGAGAGUUAAUAGCCAUUGAGGCCUUGGAUUCGAUCGAGAAACUGAGGACAUGAUCCUUGAAUCGGGGGAGAACGGAGGGGAAUCGAUGAUUGGAACCCUAGCGAGGAGUUUGGGAGGUGGAGGAGGAAUCGGAGGAGGCGGAGAGCUCCUGUGCCCACCGACGAAUUUCGCUAUGGUGGACCGGGGGAUCUAUAGGUCGGGAUUCCCGAAUUCGGACAAUCUUGGAUUCUUGGAUGCCUUGAAGCUGCGAUCCAUCGUGUACCUGUGCCCGGAGCCGUAUCCGGAGGUUAAUGCGGAGUUUGUGAAAUCGCGGGGGAUUCGGCUUUUCCAGUUCGGGAUCGAAGGAAGCAAG